AUGGCCGCUGCUGCCGCUGGCCCUGCCUCUAGGCAGAGUCCUGCAACCGCCGACGAGCAGGAAGAUUCUCGAUCGUCAUCCUCGUCAACUUCCCCCGCGCCCGCCGAUAACGAAGAGUCCGAUUUCUUUCUUGGAGCCAACGACUCCCAGUCAAGCAUCGGAGUCCCCAACUUUCAAGAUAUGCAGGUGGAAGAUGCUUGCCAACCGCCCGUCCAUCGGUUGCCAAACGAGAUUCUCAUCAGCGUGUUUGCCAAAUUGAGUUCCUCCUCGGAUCUGUUCCACUCGUGUACGAGUUGGAAGAACCAUGGUAGCAUUUGCCAAACGCUGCAGCUCGAGACACCGUCUUUCAGAUAUCGCGACUUUAUCAAGAGACUCAACCUUGCCGCCCUUGCUGACAAAAUCAGCGAUGGCAGUGUUAUGCCGCUCGCAGUCUGUAGUCGGGUGGAACGUUUGACACUUACGAACUGUCGCAACCUCACCGAUUCCGGACUUAUCGCCCUUGUGGAGAAUAGCACCUCGUUGCUGGCACUCGACAUUUCCAACGACAAGAACAUUACCGAGCAGUCUAUUAACACCAUCGCCAAGAACUGCAGUCGCCUUCAAGGACUCAACAUUUCUGGUUGCGAGAAUGUCUCCAACGAGAGCAUGAUCAAUUUGGCAACAAGCUGUCGCUAUAUUAAGAGACUGAAGUUGAAUGAAUGUAGCCAGCUCCAAGACGACGCCAUCCACGCCUUCGCCGAAAACUGUCCCAACAUCCUCGAGAUCGACCUCCACCAGUGCAAUCGCAUUGGUAACGGCCCUAUAACUUCUCUCAUGGUCAAGGGCAACUGUCUCCGAGAGUUACGGCUUGCAAGCUGCGAACUAAUCGAUGACGAUGCUUUCCUGACUCUACCCCAUGGACGACUAUUUGAACAUCUCCGCAUUCUCGACCUGACAUCCUGCGUGCGUUUGACAGACGCUGCUGUCCAGAAGAUUAUUGAUGUCGCACCUCGCCUUCGUAACCUCGUUCUUGCAAAGUGCCGAAACAUCACUGAUGUAGCCGUUCAUGCUAUCUCAAAGCUUGGUAAGAACCUGCAUUACGUGCAUCUAGGCCACUGUGGCAAUAUCACCGAUGAAGGUGUCAAGAGAUUAGUCCAGAACUGCAACCGCAUUCGAUACAUCGAUCUGGGCUGCUGUACCAACUUGACAGACGAGAGUGUGAAGCGCCUUGCUCUGUUGCCCAAGCUGAAGCGUAUUGGACUUGUGAAAUGCAGCUCCAUCACGGAUGACUCAGUCUUUCAUCUCGCCGAAGCCGCGUUUCGCCCCAGAGUACGACGAGAUGCCAGUGGCAUGCUCGUUGGCAAUGAGUACUACGCCUCGAGUCUCGAGCGUGUUCAUCUGAGCUACUGUGUCAACCUUACCCUCAAGAGUAUCAUGAAGUUGCUCAACUCAUGCCCUCGAUUGACCCACUUGAGUUUGACUGGAGUUGCCGCUUUCCAGCGUGACGACUUCCAGCCAUACUGUCGACAAGCACCCCCAGAAUUCACUCAACACCAGCGAGAUGUGUUCUGCGUCUUUUCCGGCACUAUGGUAUCCAAGUUCCGUGAUUUCCUUAACACUUCACCACAAUUCGAGGACCUAUGGGACAUGCACAGCUGGAAUCGAACAGCAGUCUACCCCGGACAACGGCAACGCACUUCCGUAAUGCAACCACCGGCCAUUGCCGGAGAUGGAGCCGACGAUGAGAUGGUUGACGAUGAGAAUGAUUUCGAGGGUCUGGACGGCAGCGAGAUGGUCGUGGAUGCCCAGGCACAGAAUCCGGUCAACGGUAACGGAACGAUAAAUCCCAACUCUCUUAUGAACCAUGGAUUUCAACAAGCUAUUCCCGUACCACCUCCACCUCCUAGCGUCCCAACAGGUCAGCUCCCUCCAUUCUUCCCGACGUUCGCCCGCUUCCUGCCUUCAUCGUCACUCGCACGACAGGAACCAGGAUUGCCUGGGCCAGCUUUUAUUCAGAAUAGCAUUAACAACCUACUAGAAGGCGGAUUAUCACAGCAUACCACUACCCAAGCGAGCGCUGCACCUCUUGGACACGGGCAUCCAGGGAACGGGGAACCCUCGACCGGCGCAAGCACUGCGACCAUCCACCGACCUCAAGAGAACGGUGACCACUCUGACGCCAUGAACUGA